AUGUAUGCUGAUCAGGUCAUUCCGCGCCCAAUUGGCUUCACCCUCUCCAGUCCGUUACCAUUCCCAACACACCCACUUGCAGAAGCCAAACUCUUUUGCCGAAAACAACCACCAUCACUCACCACAACCAGAGCUCUCAGAGAGUGGCAGGAAUAUGAGGAAGCAGUGAAAAAGAAGGACCUGGCUCAAGCUCUUCGGUUCUUGCAAGAUAUCCCAGUCGAACCCCACAAUUCUUCGAUUGACUCAACUCCGUCUAGGGUUGUUAAUGGUGAAUUGGGGCUGUUUGGAAUCUUUGGAUUGGACAAGGAUUGGGAGGUGUUAGAUACAUGCUUGAAUGCUGUUCUGGAGGAACCAAGAGAUGUUACACCAACUGUUUUGAAGUCGUCAACUGGUCUGGAAGCAUACCUUAUGGGGUGCUCAAUUCGUGGGGUAAUUUUAGACCCCAUUGUCGCGAUGCAAAUGGGCAUUCAAGGGCCGGAGCAGAUGCUGAUCUGUGUAUUGAAGGAGGAGCUCAUUUCAGGAGGAGUAUCAGUUCCAGUUUUGGGAUGUUUUGCAGGCAGGCUGGUCUGA